GGGGAGGAGGGGCAGGGGGAGCCGGCGCCCUCACUGUCUUGGUUCUCCCUAGCCCUCUCCUCUCCAUCCUUGGAAGAAAAGGAGAAACUCUGGGCCAUGAGGCUGUCCCCGCUCCUGGCUUUCCUCUCUCUCCUUCCGGUUGCUGUGCAGCUCCUGGACACUAGGCAAUUUUUAAUAUACAAUGAAGAUCACAAGCGCUGCGUGGAAGCAUUGAGUCCCAGUGCAGUCCAAACGGCAGUUUGCAACCAGGACAGUGAAGCUCAGAAAUUCCGAUGGGUGUCUGAAUCGCAGGUUAUGAGUGUUGCAUUCAAGUUAUGCUUGGGGGUGCCAUCGAAAACUGAUUGGGUUGCUGUCACUCUGUAUGACUGUAACUCCAACAGUGAACUUCAGAAAUGGGAGUGCAAAAAUGACACGCUUUUGGGAAUCAAGGGAGAAGAUUUAUUUUUUAACUAUGGCAAUAGACAAGAAAAGAACAUUAUGCUUUACAAGGGAUCAGGUUUAUGGAGCAGAUGGAAAGUUUACGGAACCACAGAUGAUUUAUGCUCUCGAGGUUAUGAAGCCAUGUACACACUCCUGGGCAAUGCCAACGGGGCAACCUGUGCGUUUCCCUUCAAGUUUGAAAACAAGUGGUACGCGGAUUGCACAACUGCUGGGCGAUCAGAUGGAUGGCUCUGGUGUGGAACCACCACAGAUUAUGACGCGGAUAAGCUAUUUGGGUAUUGUCCAUUGAAAUUUGAGGGCAGUGAAAGCUUAUGGAAAACAGACCCAUUGACCAGCAUUUCCUACCAGAUAAAUUCCAAAUCAGCUUUAACUUGGCACCAGGCGAGGAAGAGCUGCCAACAACAGAGUGCCGAGCUCUUGAGUAUCACAGAGAUCCAUGAGCAGACGUACCUGACAGGGUUAACCACUACCUUGACUUCAGGACUCUGGAUUGGACUGAACAGUCUGAGUUUCAACAGUGGAUGGCAGUGGAGUGGGGGCAGUCCGUUCCGAUAUUUGAACUGGUUACCAGGAAGUCCAUCAGCAGAACCAGGGAAAAGCUGUGUGUCACUAAAUCCCGGGAAAAGUGCUAAAUGGGAAAGCCUGCCAUGUGCUCAGAAACUAGGCUAUAUUUGUAAAAAGGGCAACACCACUUUGAAUUCUUUUGUUAUCCCCUCAGAAAGUGAUAUGCCUACCAAAUGUCCAAGUCAGUGGUGGCCGUAUGCAGGUCAAUGUUACAAGAUUUACAGAGAAGAGAAGAAAAUCCAAAGAGAUGCCUUGCUCGCGUGUAGGAAGGAAGGUGGUGACCUAGCAAGUGUCCACAGCAUCGAGGAAUUUGACUUUAUUAUCUCCCAGCUGGGCUAUGAGCCAAGUGAUGAGUUAUGGAUUGGCUUAAACGACCUCAAGAUUCAAAUGUACUUCGAAUGGAGUGAUGGCACCCCUGUAACAUUCACCAAAUGGCUUCGGGGAGAACCAAGUCAUGAAAACAAUAGGCAGGAAGACUGUGUGGUGAUGAAAGGCAAAGAUGGGUACUGGGCGGAUCGGGCCUGCGAACGGCCUCUUGGCUACAUCUGCAAGAUGAAAUCACAAGCCCAAACUCCAGGAAUAGUGGAAGUGGAAACAGGCUGCCGGAAAGGCUGGAAAAGACAUGGCUCCUACUGCUAUUUGAUUGGGCACACACUUUCAACAUUUACAGAAGCGAACCAAACCUGUGUAAACGAGAAGGCUUACCUAACAACUGUUGAAGACAGAUAUGAACAAGCUUUUCUGACUAGUUUCGUUGGAUUGAGGCCUGAAAGAUAUUUUUGGAUAGGACUUUCAGAUGUACAAAAUAAAGGAACCUUUCAGUGGACCAUUGAGGAAGGGGUUCACUUCACGCACUGGAAUUCAGAUAUGCCAGGACGCAGAGCUGGGUGUGUUGCUAUGAGGACUGGGGUUGCAGGGGGCUUGUGGGAUAUCUUGAGAUGUGAAGAAAAGGCAAAAUUUGUGUGCAAACACUGGGCAGAAGGAGUAACCCGCCCGCCAGAGCCCACAACCACCCCUGAACCCAAAUGUCCAGAGGAUUGGGGCGCCUCCAGUAAAACAAGCUUGUGUUUCAAGCUGUUUACAAAAGGAAAACAUGAGAAGAAAACGUGGUUUGAAUCUCGAGAUUUUUGUAGAGCUCUGGGUGGAGAUCUAGCUAGUAUCAAUAAUAAGGAGGAACAGCAGACAAUAUGGCGAUUGAUAACGACUAGUGGAAGCUACCACGAACUGUUUUGGUUGGGACUGACAUAUGGAAGUCCUUCCGAGGGCUUUACUUGGAGUGACGGAUCUCCUGUUUCAUAUGAAAAUUGGGCUUAUGGAGAACCUAAUAAUUAUCAAAAUGUUGAGUACUGUGGGGAGUUGAAAGGUGACCCUGGUAUGUCCUGGAAUGAUAUUAACUGUGAACAUCUUAACAACUGGAUUUGCCAGAUACGAAAAGGACAAACACCCAAACCUGAGCCAACACCAGCUCCUCAAGACAAUCCACCAGUCACUGACGAUGGGUGGGUUAUUUACAAAGACUACCAGUAUUAUUUUAGCAAAGAGAAGGAAACUAUGGACAAGGCACGAGAAUUUUGCAAGAGGAAUUUUGGUGAUCUUGUUUCUAUCCGAAGUGAAAGCGAAAAGAAGUUUCUAUGGAAAUAUGUAAACAGGAAUGAUGCACAGUCAGCAUAUUUUAUUGGCUUAUUGAUCAGCUUGGAUAAAAAAUUUAUUUGGAUGGACGGAAGCAAAGUGGAUUAUGUGGCUUGGGCCACAGGUGAACCCAAUUUUGCAAAUGAGGAUGAAAACUGUGUGACCAUGUAUUCGAAUUCAGGGUUUUGGAAUGACAUUAAUUGUGGUUAUCCAAAUGCCUUCAUCUGCCAACGUCAUAACAGCAGUAUCAAUGCCACAGCUCUCCCCACCACACCCUCGGCCCCAGGAGGAUGUAAGGAAGGUUGGAACUUUUAUAAUAACAAGUGUUUCAAAAUCUUUGGAUUUGUUGAAGAAGAAAGAAAAAAUUGGCAAGAGGCACGAAAAGCUUGCAUAGGAUUUGGAGGAAAUCUGGCUUCCAUAUACAAUGAAAAAGAGCAAGCAUUUCUUACCUAUCACAUGAAGAACUCCGCUUUUAAUGCCUGGACCGGGCUGAAUGAUAUUAAUUCAGAGCACACCUUCCUUUGGACGGAUGGACAAGGAGUCCGUUACACAAACUGGGGGAAAGGUUACCCCGGUGGGAGAAGGAGCAGUCUUUCUUAUGAAGAUGCUGACUGUGUUGUUGUUAUCGGAGGGAAAUCAAGGGAUUCAGGAAAAUGGAUGGAUGACACCUGUGACAGUAAGCGAGGUUAUAUAUGCCAAACACCUGCUGACCCUUCCCUGCCUAGUUCUCCAACCACAAUUCCAACAGAUGGCUUUAUUAAAUAUGGCGAAAGUAGCUAUUCACUCGUGAAAUUAAAGCUGCAGUGGCAUGAAGCAGAUAAUUAUUGCAAGCUUCACACUUCCCUGAUGGCUAGCAUCCUAGAUCCCUAUAGCAAUGCAUUUGCAUGGAUGCAGAUGCAAGCACUGAAUAAACCCGUGUGGAUCGCCCUGAACAGCAACUUGACCAGUAAUGAGUAUGUUUGGACCGAUAAAUGGAGGGUGAGGUACACUAAUUGGGCUGCUGAUGAGCCCAGACUGAAGUCUGCAUGUGUUUAUAUGGAUCUUGACGGCUACUGGAGGACAGCAUAUUGCAAUGAAAGUUUUUAUUUUCUCUGCAAAAGAUCAGACGAAAUCCCUGCCACUGAACCCCCACAGCUGCCUGGUAGAUGCCCCGAGUCAGAGCACACGGCGUGGAUUCCUUUCCACGGUCACUGCUACUAUAUCGAGUCUUCAUACACAAGGAACUGGGGCCAGGCUUCUCUGGAAUGUCUUCGAAUGGGUUCCUCUCUGGUUACCAUUGAAAGUGUUGCUGAAUCGAGUUUCCUGACAUAUCGAGUUGAGCCACUUCAAAGCAAAACCAACUUUUGGAUAGGAUUGUACAGAAAUGUUAAAGGAAUGUGGUUGUGGGUAAACAACAUCCCAGUGUCCUUUGUCAACUGGAAAACAGGAGAUCCCUCUGGUGAAAGAAAUGAUUGUGUCGCUUUAUAUGCAUCUUCUGGAUUUUGGAGUAAUAUUCACUGUUCUUCCUACAAAGGAUACAUUUGUAAAAGACCAAAAAUUGUUGAUGCUGAACCUACUCAUACGUUAAUUACAACAAAAGCUGACCCAAGGAAGAUGGACCCUUCCAAACCAUCGUCCAGCGUGGCAGGAGUAGUAGUUAUUGUGGUCCUCCUGAUUGUAACAGGUGCUGGCUUCGCUGCGUAUUUCUUUUAUAAGAAAAGACGUGAGCAUCUCCCUCGAGAGGACACUUUUGAGAACACUCUCUAUUUUAACAGUGGAUCAGCUCCGGGAACUAGUGAUACAAAAGAUCUCAUGGGCAACAUCGAGCAGAAUGAACAUAUGGUCAUCUAGUGUCAUGGUGUGAUUUAUGCAUAUUUGAAUUUCAUAAGAUUAUAACUAAAAUGGUAAAGUCUUUCAUUCAAUAUGAUUAUUUCCUUUCAAAUUAGUACUGUAUUACACUGGUCUGUCCUUUUCCUUUGCCUCAUGAAGGAAAAAAUUGUUCAUUUUCUAGCCUGGCAAGAUAUUUUCACAAAAGAGGGAUAGUAACAUUGACUACUAUGUUUGAAAAGAUCUUAGGUGAAUACACAGCAUUGAUAAGUAGCUAGUGUCAGCUGCAUACAGAUUACAAGAACCUCAGAAACAACCAAGCUUCCUGAAAUCAUUUAAGAAGCUCCCAAAGAACUGUUACCCGUUGACUAGUUAUUUAGUAAUUAGAAGACCAUUUUGAAAGCCAAGUACAAAUAACCUCAGGUGACACAAAAAUUUGGUCAACUUUUUUUUUCUUAUACCAAUCUUGAUUUUUACUCUAAUGAUUUAGAAUUGUAUUUGUACAUGUGCAGAAAGAAUAAGGCAGCUGAGAAUCUUGUUUGCCCCGAGCAGGAUUUUCCAGGCUGAAUAUUGCAAAUGUAUUCUUUGUACUGUUUUAUACAUAUCAAGAAUGCAAAGAUGUGAAAUAAAAAUGUAAAUUUGCAUAACUGGAUGUACUUAGAUAAUGUGAAAUAAACAUGAAAGACAAGGUCUAUUUUUAAUAGAU